AAUCACGCGACUCUUAUAUUCGACGCAUGACCGUUGGCUUGUCUUCCUGUCUGCUCGCGGAUAGAGGACGUUAGUGUCACAGAGGAGAGGGACUCGAACGGUGUUUUUUUUUAUUUACCCACUAAAGUAAGACGAGAAAGCAACAAUAACCGGGAUGUUCGCCCGCGCCGUGAGACCCACCGUGAGCCUGGCUCGAAGCCUCUCCACCACCGCGCAGAACAACGCCAAGGUGGCGGUGCUCGGAGCGUCGGGCGGCAUAGGCCAGCCGCUGUCUCUGCUCCUCAAGAACAGCCCUCUGGUGAGUCAACUCUCCCUCUACGACAUCGCCCACACCCCCGGCGUGGCUGCGGACUUGAGCCACAUCGAGACGAGGGCCCAGGUGACCGGCUACAUGGGUGCGGAUCAGCUGGACGCCGCUCUGCAGGGCUGCGACGUCGUGGUCAUCCCCGCCGGCGUGCCCCGAAAACCCGGCAUGACCCGCGACGAUCUCUUCAACACCAACGCCACCAUCGUGGCCACCUUGGCCGACGCCGUCGCCCGCAACUGUCCCGAGGCCAUGAUCUGCGUCAUCGCUAAUCCAGUUAACUCCACCAUACCCAUCACGUCGGAGGUCAUGAAGAAGUAUGGAGUGUACAACCCCAACAAAGUGUUUGGCGUCACGACCCUUGACAUUGUCAGAGCGAACGCCUUCGUGGCAGACCUCAAAGGCCUUGACCCCGCUCGUGUCAAUGUGCCGGUCAUUGGAGGUCACGCUGGAAUCACCAUCAUUCCCCUCAUUUCCCAGUGCUCACCCAAAGUGGAGUUCCCCGCUGACCAGUUGGCCGCCCUGACGAGCAGGAUCCAGGAUGCCGGCACAGAGGUGGUUAAGGCCAAGGCCGGAGCUGGAUCCGCUACCCUCUCCAUGGCCUACGCCGGGGCCAGGUUCACCUUCUCCGUCCUGGACGCCAUGAACGGGAAGGAAGGUGUGGUGGAAUGUGGGUAUGUCAGAUCCGAGGAGACGGAGUGCAAGUACUUCUCCACACCUCUCCUCCUGGGGAAGAACGGCAUUGAGAAGAACCUCGGCCUGGGCAAGCUGACCGCCUUCGAGGAGAAGCUGGUCGCCGGCGCCAUGAAUGAGCUGAAGUCUUCCAUCAAGAAGGGCGAGGAGUUUGUGGCCAAUAUGAAGUGAACGUGUGGCAUUAAGUCCGUUUAAAAAACAAAGAGCUGUUGUGAUAGUUUGCUCCGUCUUAACUUAAAAAGGUAUUUGGGUAAAUCUCAAGAUCUGUCAAUGUUUCCCCUUUUCGUUUUACCAGUAGGGUCAUCUUGAUUCAGAAAUCCUGGUUUUAACCGAGGGCCUAUGUAUCAUCUUUUCAAACCUGCCUUUACAUUGCACUGAUUACUGUACCGACUUAUUAUAUAUUUUGCGAAUGUCAAAUUUGAAACAAUCUCGCAUUUUCAUGUAAAGUCUGUAUUAACAGAGAUUUCUCUGCUUAAUGAGGAAAUACUGUCAUCAUAAAAAUAGAUGUUACUGAUGAGCAAAAUAUUCACUCUACCAAUAAACAGUUAAGCUUUGAAAAAAUAAUUAAAAUCUUUUUCUCUUUU